UUCUCCUCUCACUCUCUCGUCGUCGUCGCCGCGAGCGAGCUCGCAGCCGAGAGAGCUCUCGCGCGAAGUUGCGCGCACCUUUCGAGUUUCUGUGAGUUUCCGAGUCGCGGCGAGAGAAAACGGGCGGACGCACGCACGAGUGGCUGGUGCGACGAAAUUGUGAAUCAGAGCUUUCGGAGCUUCCCGAGCCCCUCCUGCUUUUCUCUCUCUCUCUCUCUCUCUCUUUCUCUCUCAUCGUCGAGUGCCACGCGAAUAAUCCCGCGGGAAUCAUGGAGCGAACCGUGACGAAUUUCGCGGACGUCUACUGCGACCGCAACUACGUGCCUUCCGCAAUCGAGCACAUAGAGAGCUUGAAGUGGUUUGUGAUCGGAUUGUUGAUAGCCGGAUCGAUAUUCUUGAUUUUGACGCUGUACUUCGCGGUCGACGCCUGUUACAACGUCCUCGCGCAAAAAGACUCCAGCUUCUAUAAGGCGAACGUCAUCGUAAUCUUGUCGGUGUAUCCGGUCGCGAGCAUGUGCAGUCUCGCGUCAAUCGCAAUACCAAGGGGUCAGUUACUAUCGGAAGCGGUAACCCAAAUUUAUCUAACGAUAUCCCUCUAUCGACUCUAUCUCCUGCUGCUCGACGUCGGCCGUAGGAAGAUAACCGAGACGCCGUCGCUGAUACUGCGAGUCGGCCCAUGUUGCUGCUGGCCCUGUCUGCCCUUCCCGAGCCUCGAGAUGACCGACGCCAAUUUGUCUUGGAUAGGAAUUUUGGCCCUGCAACUUCCUAUCGUCCAGAGCACCCUUUACUUCGUAAAUCUUUUCAUGGCGGCGGAAGACCCGAUGAUCGCCAACGAAUACAGUGUGUACCUCCAACCGUUUAUGGUGACCAGCAUACUUUUUGGAAUAUACAGUCUCACCAUCAUCACGAAGAGCCUGCACGCAGUAGCUCCAGAAGCCAAGUUACAUCUCAAGACAUUGGUGUCGCAGUUGGUGUUGCUGUUCUCUAGGUUGCAGGCGGGUAUCAUCAUAAAAGGUCUACCCUCUACAGGCCUGUUUCCGUGCAACCCGCCUAUCACUCCAGAAGUCUACGCCAAUGUGACUCUCAACACAAUAAUGCUAAUCGAAAUGCUGUUCCUUUGUCUUGCUGCCCGGUACCUAUAUCACGUCGAUCUCGAGAAGAAUCAGAAGCCGGAUACGUCGGAUCGGUUCAGGACGAAUCAGACGGAUCUCUACGUAAUCGACGUAAACAGCAAGCAACUUCCAGCGAUUCCAAAGGACAACAACUACGUUGCCGAUCGAGCGGUGUGUAAACGAAGUUACAGAGCGCCACGAUCGAUCGAAAGUGCAAGACACGUCUUCUGGUCUCGGAAAACAAAUUCGACGGGACGAUAACGCCACGUUGCUGUUCGAGGAGCGUGAAAAUAAAGUUACAGAGCUCCACGAUCGAUCAAAAAUGCGAGACGCGUCUUCCAGUGUCGGAAAGCAUAUUGCAAAGGAUGAUAACAUUGCGUUUCCGAUCGAGAAGUGUGAAAACGAAGUUACAGAGGCCGUAAGGUGGGCCCCAGUUUUCAAAGCCUGAUAUUCAAUCGCACGCUCGCGCGAGAUUAACGAGGCACGAGCGAUGGCCACGACGAAGACGAAUCCCAUGGCCGUUUACACGCUUUAUCCGUCGUGUCAUCGCGUUCUCCGCGUCGCGAAGAGGAACGUUAAUAUUCCGAUAACGCGCGCCCGUGCGGGAUAUACACCAUAUAUCGAGUGUCUCCGGUCUCGACGAGAGAGAGAGAGAGAGAGAGAGAUGAACGUGCUGGAGAUAAGGGCUUACACGAGGACCGUUCCUAUGGCUUAUUAUUCUUUCCCGUGGACCCUUCGCCUCGCCUCGUUCUGCUCGCAUCGCGUGCGACAUUUUACAACGCGGGGUAACCUUACCCUAAAAGCGAAAACGUGAAAAGUUUCACAUGGAAAGUCUCAGAUUUCCAUAGUCAGAAAAAUUUCAUCAUUGCCAAAAUCAUCGAGUCCACGUGAAACUUUUCAUUUUUCACAUUCCUAUUCUUAGGGAAAUGUUCGAGGAGAAGCGCUAAAACUGACACAGAUCUUGUGGCAAUUUCUAUAUCCUCUGUUAUUGAACCGCGCAAAAAAAAUUCAGAUUAGCUGUUCUGUAAACGGACAUAUCUAAACUUUGCAGUGAAAUAUCAUUUCACAGAAUAGAAUUAAAACUAUCAGUGACUGUGGUCAGGUUUCCUCUGUUUUUUGGUUUAUUUGUUUAAGAUAGUCGGAAGUAAAAAGUCAAGAAAUCCCUUUCCAUAUAAUGAAAGAGCAAUAUACACCGUAAAAUUAAUAAAAAUUUUUUUAAUAUGGAGGAUUAAAGAUAGUUUAUGUAAAGAUAUAUAUAAUUUUAGUACUUUGAUUUUAUUUUAUUGAUAAUUCUUUAUAAGUGUUAUAGGUAUGUUUGUUUCGGAGUCUAGCUUCUAGAAGUGUUAAUUCUCAAAUAUCUCAAAAAAUAAUUAUGUGCAAGAGAAUAUAUAAUAAUUUUCGUAAUAUUAUUAUAUAGUUCGGUGGAGAAGUGUUGCCGGUUUGCAUCCAUAACAUUUCUAUGCGCAUAAAUUUUGAUUUUACAUCUUUAAAUAGGGCUUUUUAGAGCCCAAAAGCAAAAUAGUAUGCCGGUUUUAGUGCUUUUCCUCUACAUAAUCGUUAUUCUUACAGCGAACUCGUGUAUGCUGGAUUUAGAACGAACUUCCUAUAUGUUUCGGCAAAAGUUUGUUUUUCAUUUCACGCGGAUCACAUGUGAUUUUACGAGCGAAAGAGUAAGGGAAAAAAGACAACGGUUCAGUAUCGACUACGUAUUUGUAAUUAGUAUUAAUAAUUAAUUGUACUUAUAUACAAAGAGUUCACUGCUGAAGUGAACCGAAUAUUCCAAAGCUAAUUUCAUGAAAAGAAUUGUCUGAGUGAAUUCCACUUGAAUGAUUCUUCCAGCAAUCCUUUAGUAUGUGUUACCGUGCGAAAGUAUAUUGUGAUUUUAAGUAUUAUUAUUUUUAGUCUAGAGUUGAGACCGCAAGCACUUAUACAGAUACGAAGAAAUAAAGUAAAAAGAAUAAGAUAA